AUGUUUUCUUGUUUCUGUUUCAGCCUUCAGGAUAAUUCCUUCAGCAGCACCGCUGUAACAGAGUGUGGUGAAGACGCAGUCUCUGUUCAUGAGGACCACACGGAUUGCUCUAGUGUCAGAGAUGAAAGCAAUAAGGAGAAUUACCCCGACUCUGAGGCACGCGUAGAGGAGCACCUGCUGCCCCUGCACGAGGCACAGCAACAUAUAGGGCAGGCCCUGCUUCUGGACGGCGUUUUGCGACACAGCAUGGGCAACUUCAAGUCCCGGAAGCCCAAAUCCAUCCUGAAAGCCGAGAGUGGUAGGAGCCACGGAGAAAGUCAGGAGACGGAGCAUGUGGUGCCCAGCCAGUCAGAGUUUCAGGACAGAGCAGGAGUGCCAGCUCAUGCGAGUCCACAAAACAAUGCCUUCAGAUGCCAAGAAACAGUGCGACCUCAACCAAGCACAGACCAGAGGACUUCCGCCUGGACAAAGGAUGCUUUUGAGACGCAGCAGGACUUAAAUGAAAAUUCUUUGCUGAAGCUUCAAGCCCUUGAAUCUGAUCUGUGCUCUGCAUUUUUGGCAACCCAGGAAGAAGCUGCUCAGGUGCAUGGAGUCAAGGAGCCAGCCCCAGCGCCCCCCCAGAAUGUGCCUGCUGAUGGGGCGGAUUCUGCAGCCCCUGUGCCAGUUCACAAAGAUGAGCAGAAUGAAGCAGACAGUGCCCCAGAGGAGCAGCAGUCCCUGGGGACCAGCAAGCUGCUCUGUCACAUCACGGACGGCGACAACCCACUGCUGUCACCUCGCUGUUCCAUCUUCAGCCAAAGCCAGAGAUUCAACUUGGACCCUGAAUCGGCCCCCUCUCCACCCAGUACUCAGCAGUUCAUGAUGCCCCGCAGUUCUUCCCGGUGCAGUUGUGGUGAUAGCAAGGAGCCACAGACCAUUACCCAGCUCACCAAGCACAUCCAGAGCCUUAAGAGGAAAAUUCGGAAAUUCGAAGAAAAAUUUGAACAGGAAAAGAAAUACAGGCCUUCACAUGGUGACAAGACUUCUAAUCCUGAAGUCCUGAAAUGGAUGAAUGAUUUGGCUAAGGGUCGCAAACAGCUCAAAGAAUUAAAGCUGAAGCUGUCAGAACAACAAGGGAGUACUCCCAAAGGUCCACCAAGAAAUCGGUCUUGUGAGCAACCUACAGUUCCCAGAGAGCCUGGGAGGCUAGAAGCUGCAGGCCCUGAGCCAAGCUGCUCUGGGGAGGAGACCUCGGAUGCCAUGUUGACAUGUCUGAAGGAGAAGAGACAGCAGCUCCCCCUCCAGGAAGAGUCUAAGGUAGCCAAGCAAGAUAAGAACCUCAUAAAACCUCUUUAUGACCGAUGCAGAAUUAUCAAGCAAAUCUUGUCAACGCCUUCCCUUAUUCCAACAAUUCAGGAGGAAGAGGACUCUGAUGAAGACUGUCUACAGGGAAGCCAACAGCUUGCUUUGCCAGAUCCAGUAUCUUGCCUUCCUGUUGGUGACCAUGUCACCUACUCAAACGAGACUGAACCUGUUAGGACCCUGCUACCAGAAGAAAAGAAAGAAAUCAAACAGCCAGCUCUCUCCAUGUCCAAUUUACAUGAGGCUACAAUGCCUGUACUUCUUGACCAUCUUCGAGAAACGAGGGCUGACAAGAAGAGACUGCGUAAAGCCUUAAGAGAUUUUGAAGAACAGUUUUUUAAACAAACGGGAAGAAGUCCACAGAAGGAAGACAGGAUUCCAAUGGCAGAUGAGUACUAUGAAUACAAGCACAUAAAAGCCAAACUGAGGUUAUUAGAGGUCCUUAUCAGCAAGCAAGAUGUGGCCAAAACGAUCUGAGGUUCAGGAAGUGUUUAUGGACACUUCCACUUGAGAUAAAGUCAGGCUUAUUUUCCUUGUUUCCAGCAGCUUUGACAUAAUGAAAAUGGAAACAAAUUAGUGAUAAACUAUGUAUUUCUAAAAUAACAACAAAUAAAAUCAUCUAUGAGGAGGGAUUUAAAAGAGGGAAAAGAGCAAUAUGUAACUGCCUAACUGGGAAAAGUUGAGCCUCUUCUAUGCCAAGGAGAAAUUCAUUGUCAAUAUAAUGACUGCAAAAUAAUCUAAAUACAUAGCCAGGCUGCCUGUUAGAAAAAGCUUAUCUAGUGUCCAAAGAUUACUUACAUUGAAACAUGGAGAAAGAGUAUGAAAAAAAAAUUUAUUCUCUCUCUAGGAAGGAAUUCAGCUAGCAAGUGAUUUAUUUAAAACUUCUAUUAGAUUUUUAAGUGAGGAAACACCUACUUACUACCUUGUUCCUUAAGUCUGCUAGCUUUUUAGUACCUAAAAUAUACUAGAAUGUGUCACACUAAUUUUUUAUUUCUAUAUAAAAAUAGCAGUUAUUUUGUCUGUAAUUUGAAAUUUUACAUUUUUGGUUACCAAAGUUCAUUCUGAUAGCAUGUACUUUGUGAAUGAUCUUUGUCUAAAAUUGAUAGAUGUUUAUAUUAAAGUACCGUAUUAAAAUUUUUAAAUUGGUAUUUUGGAUAGAUGUGUCUACAGUAUAUAAUUAAUGUGACCAUAGUAAUCUGAUGUUUUUAUUUACA